CUGAUUGGUGGGGGAGUGGGACUGUCAAUGAUAAAGGAUCCUGGAUCAGCUGUUAGCUGUCGAUUCUUCACAACAUCCACUGAUAACAUAUCGUUAACGCGAGCACAAAACGUCUCCUAUGAAGAUUGAAGUCAGGGGCACAGCAGCUUCACACCGUUUCCAGGCAGCAUGAACUCCCUCCCAGGAAAAGCCGUUCUGUCUCUGUGCAGGCGCACGGCAGCAGCGGGCGGGAUGAGGGUCUUCGUCGGAUCCCCGGGUCACCCCGCUGGGGUCAUGCCCGCCGACAGGGCCUCUCUCCCUGCUGUGCGCGUCUGCCACUUCGGGACGGGUCGAAAGGGCAGCGUCAGUACCAAGAAGAGGGGCUACGACAUCACCAGAAACCCACACCUCAACAAGGGAAUGGCAUUCACCCUGGAGGAGCGCUUACAACUUGGCAUCCACGGCCUGCUGCCCCCCUGCUUCCUCUCCCAGGAUGUGCAAGUGCUGCGCGUCAUGAAGAGCUAUGAAACACGCGUCAAUCCUCUGGACAAGUACAUCCUGCUGAUGACGCUGCAGGACAGAAACGAGAAGUUGUUCUACCGUUUGCUGACCUCCGACAUCGAGGAGUUCAUGCCCAUCGUGUACACUCCCACUGUCGGCCUGGCGUGCCAACAGUAUGGACUUGCCUUCAGGAGACCACGAGGACUUUUCAUCACCAUCCAUGAUAAAGGCCACAUUGCCACCGUGCUCAACUCCUGGCCUGAAGAAGACAUAAAGGCCGUUGUGGUGACAGACGGGGAGCGUAUCCUCGGCCUGGGUGACCUCGGAGGCUACGGAAUGGGUAUUCCUGUUGGGAAGCUGGCGCUCUACACAGCCUGUGGAGGUGUUCGACCGCAGCAGUGUCUCCCUGUGCUGCUGGACGUCGGCACUGAUAACCAGACGCUGCUCGAUGACCCCCUGUACAUCGGACUGAAGCACAAGAGAAUCAGAGGAAAGGAGUAUGACGAGCUGGUCGACGAGUUCAUGCAGGCAGUGACCGACAAGUACGGGAUGAACUGUCUGAUACAGUUUGAGGAUUUUGCCAACACCAAUGCUUUUCGCAUCCUCAACAAAUACAGGAAUCGAUACUGCACCUUCAACGACGACAUCCAAGGCACGGCCUCAGUAGCUGUUGCCGGGAUCUUAGCUGCUCUGAAGAUCACCAAGAACAGACUCGUAGACCACACCUUUGUUUUCCAGGGGGCGGGUGAGGCUGCUCUUGGUAUCGCUCAUCUGCUCAUGAUGGCCAUGGCCAAACAGGGAUUAAGUAGAGAAGAAGCUGCCAAGAAGAUCUGGUUGGUUGAUUCAAAAGGUCUCAUUGUAAAGGGAAGAGGCCAUCUUAACCACGAGAAAGAGGAGUUUGCUCACGAUCACCCACAUGUGAAGACCCUGGAGGAGGUGGUGCACACCAUCAAACCCACCGCGAUCAUAGGAGUGGCUGCUAUCACAGGAGCAUUUACUGAGAAGAUUAUCAAAGACAUGGCAUCCUUCAAUGAGAGGCCGAUCAUCUUUGCCCUGAGUAAUCCCACCAGCAAGGCGGAGUGCACAGCAGAGCAGUGCUACACGCUCACAGAGGGCCGUGGCAUCUUUGCCAGCGGAAGUCCGUUCAACAAGGUGACGCUGGCCGAUGGACGCACCUUCUACCCCGGCCAGGGAAACAACGCCUACGUCUUCCCUGGAGUCGCUUUGGGCGUUAUUGCCUGUGGAGUGCGACACAUAUCUGACGAUGUCUUCCUCACCACAGCCGAGGCCAUAGCUGACAUGGUAACCGAGGAGCACCUGGCUGAGGGAAGACUUUAUCCUCCUCUCAACACCAUAAGAGAGGUGUCCUUCAAGAUUGCAGUUAAGAUUGUCAACCAUGCCUACAAACACAACAUUGCUUCGCUGUACCCUGAACCUAAAGACAAGGAGGCGUUUGUGCUGUCUCACAUCUACAGUCCAGAUUACGACUCCUUCACUCUGGACACAUACAGCUGGCCACAGGACGCCAUGAACGUCCAGGACGUGUGAUUUUGUCUGUCUCUCUCACUCACUCAAUAUGCUGCCGUGGUGUCGCGUACUAUUUCUGCAUUGCCUCUGUUCAGAAACGUCCCCAAUGAUUCUCAAAUUUUAGCUUUUUUUGCUUGUUUCUUUCAUUUAUAAAUGUUAUUAAGUCUCUGCCCUCCUUUCAGACGGACAGUGGUCAUUAUAAUUCAUAUGUCUCUAUAAUUCUCUUAACUGUUGAAAAUAUGAAGUUGUAUUUUUCUUUCAGUGUUGUACUUUUUGUUUUAAAUCAGUUCUCUGUAGCUGAUUGAAGGUCUGACUGAGAGAAAUAUUUUAUAGCUGCACACACACAAACAGCAUAUCAAAUAUCAAAGCACGACCUUUAGAACUUAAAUUACACUCCUUUCACUAGAUUUUCCAGCUAAGAUGUUGACGUAUUCAGCCAUCACAGUGACUCAAAAUCAGUUUUUGAGGGAUGAAUCAGAUCUUGUGCGUGCAACAAGAAAGCAGUGGCUCUCAGUAACGCACAAUGCUUCCUCUUGUAUUGACACAUUCUGAAACUCUUAGUGCCUCUUCCUGUGUGACCUCAGGACAUUACUGCUCCAUAUUUGAGUUAAAACCUUGAUUGUUUUGGUUGCAAAGAAGCCACAUUGGACUCAAACGCUGCUUCCUCAUAUUUUACACUCCUAUCUAUCUGCACACAUUUGAACCUGCCCACACGACUAAAAACACUCCAGAAUCAGCCUGUAUUUCAGUUUGUCCUUCUCUGCCUCCCUGUGGGAAUCCGCUAUUCUUGAUGUGAGGCACUUGUUUUCUUAAAUGUGUCCAGAGGAUGCAUUGAUGAGGAUUUAGUGUCACAACGGCGUGCUUUCCCCUUAGAUUUGUACAAAACUCUCUGCCUGUUGUGGUGUUUUUGCCAAAGUUACUGAUGAGCUGUACCUUUUACUCCUCGAGAACAUGAUGCUCCGCAAACUUUAGCGCCAACAAAUAUGCUUGAAGUUUUUAAUGGGAACAUGAAACUUUUUAAAUAAAAUUGUCAACAAAAUGA